GGCCUCCAAUACACAGGGUCUCAUUGUCUUGGUUGUUUACUGUGCAUAUUUGCUUAAUUCUUGUACAGUUUUACUUAUAACUUCUGGUCAUGUCUUUUCGAGACAUCUACUGAAUACAUUGCAUUAAAUGCAGCGAAGGCAGUAGUUUGGCACAUCCUUCUUGGCAAAGUUCAGGAAUCGCCUGCACAACGCACGGUGUGAUUUUGGGUGGCCGUGUGUGGAGGCAGCAGAUGCGCUGCGUGCUGCUGGUGGGUCCGUUCGAAGCGCAGCUGUUGUGCGGCCGAUCCUCGUUGGGCGCGCGGAGAUCCCGCAGCUGGCAGCAGGGGGCGCGCGAGGCGGCGGGGCCGUGCGGUCGGACUGCGAAGUUCUGAAAAGGAACGGAGAAAAAGCUGCUGUGGAAUGCAGUGCCUUGGUGUAGAGACAGAUGUGAUGCAUCCUGACUGCUGGAGUUACCUUGAAUGCGUUGCUCAUGCUUGCCUUGGUUACUGAUGCGCACCGAAAAAUCUGCCCUUUCUGUCGCUGGAUCUCACCAGUCAGAUCUCCUUUUGUGCAAAAAACGCGGCGCUUGGUGUCAAUUUACAGGCAUUGAAUUUGUCAUAGCCUUCGGGAGCAGUUCGUCAUAGACCCACCCCGAGCUCCGGCCGUGCCGUGCCAUUCCCUGCCGCCUCUUCCUGCUCGCGCUGCCGCCCUGAGCUGCGCCUGGGAGCCCGCAGCUUUCUUACGUGGCUCUGCGUUCAGUGACGGCUCGGAGCGAUGCUCCGGGUGAUCGUAGAAUCUGCGUCCAAUAUCCCCAAAACCAAGUUUGGGAAGCCAGAUCCGAUCGUUUCCGUUGUUUUUAAAGAUGAAAAAAAGAAAACAAAGAAAAUUGACAGUGAACUCAAUCCUGUUUGGAAUGAGAUUCUUGAAUUUGACUUGAAAGGAAUCCCUCUGGAUAAUUCAUCUUCCCUGGCAGCUAUUGUGAAGGAUUUUGAAACCAUUGGACAAAACAAGUUAAUUGGCAGUGCAUCCAUAGCGCUUAAGGAUCUUGUUGGUAACCAAAGCAGAUCAUGCCCUUUCAAACUCAUACCUCUGCUAAAUGAAAGGGGACAAGAAACUGGAGCAACAAUAGAUUUGGUAGUAGGAUAUGAGCCACCAGCUGGACCUGCAAAUCCAAAUGACCCAGGAGGGACCAAUUCACAAGAAGCAGAUGGAGAAGAUGAUGGAGAUUGUGAAGAUGUUGUGGAUGGUGCUGUUGCUGGCAUCACACCAACAGUUCCAAGUGGCACAAGGGAAUCGCAGCUAGCUAGACGCAUCACCAAGGGAAAGAAAACACGGAGAAUCCUUUCUAACAAACCACAAGAUUUUCAGAUUCGCGUUAGAGUCAUCGAAGGCCGUCAGUUACCUGGAAAUAACAUAAAACCAGUCGUCAAAGUUCAUGUUUGUGGUCAGACACACCGAACGAGAAUCAAAAGAGGAAACAACCCUUAUUUUGAUGAAAUAUUCUUCUACAAUGUCCACAUGACUCCUUUAGAGCUGCUUGAUGAAACAAUUAGCAUUCGGGUGUAUGAUUCUUACUCCCUUCGAGCAGACUGUCUAAUGGGUGAAUUUAAGAUUGACAUUGGCUAUAUCUAUGAUGAACCUGGCCAUGCAGUGAUGAGAAAAUGGCUUUUGCUGAGUGAUCCUGAGGAUACAAGUUCAGGAGCUAAAGGCUAUAUGAAAGUCAGCAUGUUUGUCCUGGGAACUGGAGAUGAGCCACCAGUUGAAAAAAGGGAAAGAGAUAAUGAAAGCGAUGAUGUGGAGAGCAAUCUGUUACUUCCAGCUGGAAUUGCACUUCGAUGGGUCACUUUCCUUCUCAAAAUCUACAGAGCUGAGGACAUUCCACAAAUGGAUGAUGCUUUUGCACAGACUGUCAAGGAAAUAUUUGGAGGAGAAGCAGACAAGAAAAAUCUGGUAGAUCCCUUUGUGGAAGUUUCUUUUGCUGGAAAAAAGGUUUGCACAAACAUAAUUGAGAAAAAUGCUAAUCCAGAAUGGAACCAAAUUAUUUAUCUUCAAGUCAAGUUUCCCUCAAUGUGUGAGAAAAUAAAGCUUGCAAUUGUUGACUGGGAUCGUCUUACCAAAAAUGAUGUAGUAGGAACAACAUAUUUAAGUCUCUCAAAAAUUGCUUCUUCUGGAGGGGAAGUUGAAGAACUUUCAUCUUCGGGAACUGGGUCUUCAUCAUAUGAAGUCAACACUGGAGAAACAGAAGUUGGCUUUUUACCAACAUUUGGCCCCUGUUACUUAAAUUUCUACGGAAGUCCAAGAGAAUACACAGGAUUCCCAGAUCCAUAUGACGAAUUAAACUUUGGAAAGGGAGAAGGAGUUGCUUAUAGAGGGAGAAUUCUGGUUGAACUAUCUACAGUGCUUGAAAGCAAACCUGUUAAUAAAAAGUUAGAUAUGAUUCCUAAUGAUGACAUACUGGUUGUUGAAAAAUACCAGCGCAGACGAAAGUUUUGCUUGGCUGCUGUGUUUCAUUCUGCUACCAUGCUGCAAGACACUGGUGAGCCUAUCCAGUUUGAAGUUAGCAUCGGUAACUAUGGCAAUAAGUUUGAUACCACCUGUAAACCUUUGGCAUCGACAACUCAGUACAGUCGUGCUGUUUUUGAUGGUAAUUAUUAUUACUAUCUGCCAUGGGCAAACACAAAGCCAGUGGUAACACUGACUUCUUUUUGGGAGGACAUAAGUCAUAGAUUAGACCCUGUGAAUGUAAUCCUGAAUGUGGUUGAAAGACUGCAAUCCAACUUAACCAACUUAAAAUCAGGAAUGCAGGCUAAAAUUUCUGAAAACAGAUUAGCUGAGAUGUGGUUGAAGCUGAUUGACGAACUUACAGAUGAUAUAAGUAAACCAUUUCCCCUCAUAGAAGGCAAAUCUAAUAUUACAGUCCUUGACACUCAGAUAGAAAAGCUGCGCUUAAGGUCUCUCAAACAGAUUGGAGAAGCAGCAACAAGGAUGAGGAAUGAAGCUACUGAUGUGAAAACCACUUUGACAGAAAUUGAGGAUUGGUUGGAUAAAUUAAUGCAACUAAGUGAAGAGCCACAAAACAGUAUGCCUGAUGUAAUCAUAUGGAUGAUCCGAGGGGAGAAAAGACUGGCUUAUGCUCGUGUUCCUGCACACCAAGUGCUGUAUUCCACCACAAGCCCUGAAUCAUCUGGUAAAUACUGUGGAAAAACACAAACAAUCUUCUUAAAGUACCCACAGGACAAGACGAAAGAUGUCAAAAUGCCUGUGGAGUUGCGAGUUAACAUUUGGCUUGGGCUCAGUGCAGUUGAAAAGAAGUUCAAUAGUUUUGCAGAGGGAACGUUCAGUGUUUUUGCAGAAAUGUAUGAAAAUCAGGCUCUUCUUUUUGGAAAGUGGGGUACCUCAGGUCUUGUUGGUCGCCACAAGUUUUCUGAUGUCACAGGAAAAAUCAAACUGAAGAGAGAGUAUUUUCUACCCCCAAAAGGCUGGGAGUGGGAAGGAGAAUGGAUGGUUGACCCUGAAAGAAGUUUGUUGACUGAAGCUGAUGCUGGUCAUACCGAGUUUACCGAUGAAGUGUAUGAGAAUGAGAGCCGCUAUCCUGGGGGAGAAUGGAAAGCUGCUGAAGAGAGUUUCACAGAUGUGAAUGGAGAAAAAGCUCCACCGCCACGUGAGUUCACAUGUCCUGUUGGAUGGAUGUGGGAAGAUGAUGCUUGGAAGUCAGAUUUAAAUAGAGCAGUAGAUGAGCAUGGAUGGGAAUAUGGAAUUACUAUUCCUCCAGACACUAAACCAAAGUCAUGGGUUGCUGCAGAGAAAAUGUAUCAUACACACCGACGAAGAAGACUGGUGCGGAAGCGUAGGAGGGAUUCAGCUCAGGCAGUAACAACGGGAAGGGGAAUGUCAUCGUAUGAAGAUCAAGAAGGAUGGGAAUAUGCUUCCUUGAUUGGUUGGAAAUUUCACUGGAAACAACGCAGUUCUGACACUUUCCGUCGAAGACGAUGGAGACGAAAAAUGGCUCCCUCAGAGACACAUGGUGCUGCAGCUAUCUUUAAACUUGAAGGUGCUUUGGGGGCAGACACUAGUACCGAUGAUGGAGAAGGGAAGGGUUCAGACAAAACCAAGGACUCAGCCACAAAGGUGUUUGGUGCCAAUACACCACUUGUUUCCUGCUACUUUGACAGGGUGUAUACUUACCACCUGCGCUGUUAUGUAUACCAGGCAAGAAAUCUCAUGGCUUUAGACAAAGACAGCUUUUCAGAUCCGUACGCUCAUGUUUCUUUCCUCCAUCAAAGCAAAACAACUGAGAUCAUUCAUUCAACUCUAAAUCCUACAUGGGACCAAACUCUAAUAUUUAAUGAAAUUGAAAUCUAUGGGGACCCACAGACAGUAGCCCAAAAUCCACCUAAUGUUGUUAUUGAACUGUUUGACAGUGACCAAGUGGGUAAAGAUGAAUUCCUUGGAAGAAGUGUUUGUGCCCCCAUGGUCAAGUUAAUCCCAGAAGAAGACAUCACACCAAAACUGCUCUGGUAUCCUGUAACAAAUAAUGGCAAAGCUAGCGGAGACAUUCUUUUUGCUGCAGAACUUAUUUUAAGGGACAAGAGUGGCUCCAACCUUCCAAUUCUUCCAUCACAAAGAGCGCCAAAGCUUUACAUGGUACCUCAAGGAAUCAGACCAGUCGUUCAACUCACUGCUGUUGAGAUUCUGGCUUGGGGGUUGCGGAACAUGAAAAAUUACCAGCUGGCACCCGUUACAUCACCGAGUCUCAUAGUGGAAUGUGGGGGUGAAAUGGUGGAAUCUGUGGUGAUCAAAAACCUCAAAAAGACGCCAAAUUUUCCAUCUUCUGUGCUCUUCAUGAAAGUCCUUUUGCCAAAAGAGGAGUUGUACGCCCCAUCUCUUGUUAUUAAAGUAAUAGACCACAGACCAUUUGGACGGAAGCCCAUUGUGGGACAGUGUACUAUUGAUUUACUGGAAAGCUUUCGCUGUGACCCCUACGCUACAAAAGAAGACAUUGCUCCACAGCUGAAAGUUAGUCUACUCUCUGCUGCACCACGCCGGGAUACAGUAAUAGAAAUGGAGGACACGCAACCACUGCUAGCAGCUCAGCAGCUUACAGAAAAGGAGGAAGAAAUUGUUGAUUGGUGGAGCAAAUUUUAUGCUUCAAUAGGAGAACAUGAGAAAUGUGGACAGUAUAUUACAAAAGGAUAUGAUACAUUAAAGGUGUAUGACUGUGAAUUGGAAAAGGUACCAGAAUUUAAUAAUCUAACAGAUUUCUGUGAUACGUUUAAGCUGUACAGAGGCAAAGCUGAGGACAGUGAUGAUCCAUCAGUUGUUGGGGAAUUUAAGGGAUCCUUUAAAAUCUAUGCAUUACCUGAUGAUCCCACUACUCCAGCUCCUCCCCGCCAGUUCUGUCAGCUACCAGACAGUGGGCCUCAGGAGUGUAUUGUGCGAAUUUAUAUCGUUAGAGCUUUGCAGCUUCAACCCCAGGAUAAUAAUGGGCUGUGUGAUCCUUAUAUAAAAAUAACCCUAAGCAAAAAAGUAAUUGAAGACAGAGAUAAUUAUGUGCCUAAUACUCUCAACCCCAUUUUUGGCAGAAUGUAUGAACUCAGCUGCUUCUUACCUCAAGAAAAAGACCUGAAAAUUUCAGUCUAUGACUAUGACACGUUGACUCGUGAUGAAAAAGUAGGUGAAACCAUAAUUGAUCUUGAGAACAGAUUUCUGUCCCGUUACGGAUCUCACUGUGGCAUCCCACAGCAGUACUGCACUUCAGGUGUGAAUACCUGGCGUGAUCAGCUGAAACCAACCCAGUUAUUGCAAAACAUAGCCAGGUUUAAAGGCUACGCUCCUCCUGUCUUCUCUGAAAAUGGUAGAAGGAUUACCUACGGUGGACGAGAUUAUACUUUGGAGGAAGUUGAAGCCAAUAAAGUACUACAUCAGCACCUAGGUCCAGGUGAAGAGCGGCUUGCCCUUCAUAUUCUCAGAACUCAGGGUUUGGUACCUGAGCAUGUGGAGACAAGGACCUUGUAUAGCACCUUCCAGCCCAACAUCCCUCAGGGAAAGCUUCAGAUGUGGGUUGAUGUUUUCCCCAAAAGCUUAGGACCUCCAGGCCCUCCAUUCAACAUCACUCCCCGAAAAGCUAAAAAGUAUGUCUUACGAGUGAUUGUCUGGAACACCAAAGAUGUCCUUCUGGAUGAAAAAAGCAUCACAGGGGAAGAAAUGAGCGACAUUUAUGUGAAGGGAUGGAUGCCUGGUAAUGAGGAAAAUAAGCAGAAAACAGAUGUUCACUACCGAUCACUGGAUGGAGAAGGAAACUUCAACUGGAGAUUUGUUUUUCCUUUUGACUAUCUCCCAGCAGAGCAACUCUGCAUAGUUUCCAAAAAGGAACAUUUUUGGAGCCUUGACAAGACAGAAUUCAGAAUCCCACCCAAACUGAUCAUCCAGAUAUGGGAUAAUGACAAAUUCUCCCUGGAUGACUAUCUUGGUUUUGUGGAACUUGAUUUACAUAAAACAAUAAUUCCAGCAAAAGUUCCAGAGAAGUGCAAUAUAGACAUGAUUCCAGAAUACAAGGCAGACGGUUCUCAGAAGGCUUCCAUGACUGCCUCUCUCUUUGAGCAGAAAUCCAUGAAGGGGUGGUGGCCAUGUUGUGUUGAAAAGGAUGGCUCUCGCAUUUUAGCGGGUAAAGUUGAAAUGACAUUGGAAGUUGUCAAUGAAAAAGAAGCUGAGGAGAGGCCAGCUGGUAAAGGAAGAGAUGAACCCAACAUGAACCCCAAACUAGAUCUGCCAAACCGACCUGAUACUUCUUUCCUUUGGUUUACAAACCCCUGCAAGACAAUGAAAUUUAUUGUGUGGCGCAGGUUUAAAUGGCUCUUCAUAGGCCUUAUCAUCCUGUUGAUUAUACUCUUGUUUGUAGCAGUACUCCUCUAUUCAUUGCCGAACUACUUGUCAAUGAAGAUGGUGAAACCAAUUUGAAGAAGAGUUUUUUUCCACCUCAUCUUUUUAAAUAGUACUGAGGCUUUGCCUCAGACUGCGGACCAAAUUGAGCAAGGUUUUCCAUGUAUUUUGUUGGCUAGUAUUUUGAACUGGAAAAUAGAUUACAAGAAUUUAACCAAGGUUAUCCAAGACUCAAGGGGUCAUGACUGGUAUUUUAGAAAGCAAACAAAAGACCCACGUGUAUAUUUCUUGAAUACAGUAAUAUCUACCCCAGUAAGGUUCUGACUUUCCUUGCUUCUAUACCAACUAGAUUUUUCAUGAAAAUCACUCAGGAAACUGCCAGUUCUUGCUAUUUCUGUUUUUCAACAGAUACAUCUUCUGAUAAUUCCUCUCCAUUGGUGCACCUUGCAUUUUAAAUUAAUGAAAAACUACACCACUAUUAUUACAUGUACCAAGGAAAUGUUACAGUGUAUUAAAGAUAGGUCAGAUUUCAUAAAAUGAUUCAGCAUCAUUCUGCUUAGGGUACAACGUUAUCAAAUCUACAUUGCAGUAACUAGUACGUAUCAGAACUGCAUAUAUGUAGAAACAACUAUAUUAAUAUACUAUUUACUUACUGUAACUUAAAAAUGGUUAAAUAAACUUAUCCACAAGUAAAAUGCAAGUUUCCAGAUUCAUCCAUUGCAAAACUUCAGUUGCACUAAAAUCAGGUUUGUAGUCUGAGAUUCACCUUCAUUAUAUGGAUGGUCAAAGCAGUAGGCUCUCUAUAAACAUUUUCCAGUUCUUUAAACAUAGGAAGUCUGCAGUAGGAUCUGUACUUUGUGUGAUAGUGACAUACGUAACUGCAUUGAGACUCCUCGUGCCUUAAAGAAAGAUGGCAGUCAAAAUUGCAAGAAUUAAAGUCUGUAUUUAGCAGUACACAGAUUUCUUUUUUUAAGCAGUACUGUGAAAACUGUGCAUGUGUCAGGCAAAAUAAAUGCUACUGCCUUAAUUCUGCUGAACAAGUUAGAGUAAAGGCAUCACAUAACUGUGAUGCCCUGUUGUUUAAAGUGGAGGCACAAGCAACAGUCAUCCUGUCAAAAAGAUACAUCCUUAUUUUUUGGUGAAAAAAUGCUCAAGCAUCUUGAUCUGUGAAUGAGAGCUCAGAGCUAGAACUAAUCUCUACCCAGAUGGACUGUCCCUACAGUAAUAAUGAAAUACACUCCAGAAAUAAUUGACAGUAGCAUCACUAGUGUUUGCUCAUCCACCAAUAAAGCCUAUCUCAGUCAAUGCCAUAGGUAUGACAGAGAAAAAAAAAAAACAAAACAGCAGCUUGCUUCUCAUCAUAGUUCAAAAAAACCUGUUGCUUGUAAUGGCUAUCACAAGACAAGCAUUUAGCUUUAAGGAGGUAUUUAGGAACAGCAUUCCUCAGAACCGAGUAAUAAAACGGAGCAGAGAUCCAAGCAAGACUCCUCCCUUAGCACCUAGUUUGGUACUCUCUUCCAGCUGCCUCUGUGCAAACAAACCUAGGCUUGAUGGUUUUGCUAUAAUUAUGCAAGUGUUACAGUUUUAAGUAACUAAAAAGCUGGAAAAUCCAUCCUAGUUCCCA